AUGUCUCACUUAGGAGAUGACAAGAUUCAGGAACUUCUGUCGGUGAGCUGUAGUUGUAUUUUACAGAUUUCAGAUUUGAUUUUCCAGGUGUUUUCUCCUCUUUCUGCUGGUUUCCAGUGCACAGGGUUGGAGAUUAACCCAAUUUUAGUGUCCUAUGCCAGGGGCAAGGCCCGCUGGACAGUGCCCUCUAGCCAGGCCACCUUUGUUAAAAAAAACUUCUCUAAGACUGAUUUAUCUACGUACAACAAUGUGACAGCUUUCCUUGCUCCAGGAGUGAUGGGGGUCCUGGGUGAGAAGCUGUUGAAAGAGCUUUCUGAGGAUGCGUGUGUCAUCACUAGUCGUUUUCCUUUCCCCAACUGGCCACAACAAGCGUCUGUCGGCUCCGGGCUUGACCAAACUUUUGCUUAUGACUUUAGCAAUGUGCGCUCACACCUGAGAAAAGUACCGAAAACACUCUGGGAUGAGAGGGACUCUGACUAA